AUGUAUUUUUCAUUCCUACCACUUCUCUCGGUAAUCCAUCGACACGCUCGCGCUCAAACGAAACAACCGCAGUAGACCUCUCACUAGCUCGGUGCCUGUUGCGAGGACGUUAUCGUCGUCGUUAGUCAGUUGUUUCACGACAUUCGCGUGUACACGGUAUUAUAAUAGACAAUGUAAAUCGAAAGCCUGUCACCGUCUAGUAGUCGUCAAAAGUUUUGACAUGUGUGACAUUUGGCAAAGUUCCAAGCAUUUGUUUUAAUCCUAGCGAAUCGUCUUGCUCAGGACAAAUUAAUUAGGAGAUUGUGAUAUACUUAUAAAAAGUUGCGCGAGUUUUUGUGACAAUGUUGGUGCAAGUUGAUAGCGGUAACGGUGGUAACCCUCAUGCUUCCGUUGGUCGACCAUCUAUUGCUGGUAUUUUGGACUCGCCAACACUAGCACGUGUUGAACGAGCUAUGUUAAGACAUUCGGAUGAUGGAAAUAGAGAGCAAGCUCAUCUUCAAAGGGCAGGAAUUACACAGUCGCUAUUGUCUUCAUCCACGUAUGACAAAGAGUCCACUCACGCCAUUAAAAAGGGUUUAUUGUGGCAACAAAGGGACAAGCUAUUUAGCAGAUGGAAAGAGCGUUACUUCAUUUUGACCAGGGAUUACCUGCACUGUUUCAGACGUGCUUCUGGCGCGGAUCGAAUCUCCGAAAUGGGCCAGUUCCUUUUCAAAAUUAAGCUAGUCGACGUAGAACGGGUUGAGUGGGAAAAUAAGAAGACCUACAGCACGGUGGCCCUUAUUUUGGGUCGAGAUGGCAAGAUUUUUUUACGUGCACCAGACGGCUUAGAAGAUUGGUUCGAACUUCUCGAAGAAUGCAUGCUGACUAGUAAAGAGAGAAGAAGAGCCCUUAGACACAAUUCACGAGAUGAAAAAUCUAAAGACAAUAACAACGUGCUUAACUCUUUAGAAGACUGGUUAGCGUCUCGUAGAAAACUACCCCCAAGCCGUUUGCCGACAGACAGCGUCAGCACGAGACAAGACAGCGUGCGACGCCGGGACUGUCGCAAUUGGACGCAGCGAGACGACGACUGGGAAAAUCCGACGCUCGACAACAGACUGUCUCUAUUGACUGAUAUUGAUAUCAGUUCGUACGAUGACGACACUUUGGGAGCACCAUCAGUGGCAUCUUUCAGAUUGAAUCAAGAUGUUUUCUGUGUGCAGCCAUCAACAUUAAAAUCGUCUGGAUCAUUCAAAGAUAACAACAGAUCAUCCACGGGUGCAGUGAAAAGACAGCCUGCUCAACAGGAUAGUCAACCACAGCUCAUAAAAUACAGAGAGCGUUCCUACAGCGAUAUCCAAAGAGUAGAUCGCCGUCUUUGGCGCCCACGCGUAGACGAUCGAUUUCAGUAAGUUUCGUCAGAUGGCACUCUAGUCAACAACCAUGCGGAUAUGUUCAGAUCUUGUUAAGUUCUUAUUAUUAAUUAAAAUACAUCAUAAACUUGCUAUUAGUAUCAUGCAAGCUAAAACUACAACUCAUUUUCUUUUACAUUUUUGAAGUAAUUUAUAAAAAAUCUCCAACUAUAUUGUCGUUAUUAAUAAGUUAUUAUUUGUUUAAAUGUUUAUUAAUUCCAUCAUUCCUGUAAAAUCUGUUUAUGGCAUUUACUUUAUUAUUGUGUCUACUCAUAGAAAUUCAUCAAAAUGUAAACGAAUUUGCGUAAUUGAUUAAUUGUGGUAGAUAAUGUAGUUACAAUAACCAUUCUUGUUUAGGAAAUUUGUUAUUAAAAUGUGAUCAUUAUAGUUAAUUCAUACAUAAACAAAUAUAUUACAUGUAUCUAAUGUAACUGUUAGGCAUAUUACCAAAGAAGGAAAUGCAUCUGUCUGUAGGUAAUCAAUUUACUUAUAAUAAUAAUUGUGAAACUCAUUUUUACAUGUUCUCGAUU